CCCGGGGAUUGACAGGCCUUUUCGCAGGAGGCGGAGGAGGCGGAGGCAACCAUAGCAGACACUGAGAGGCAGUCGUGAGAAGCCUGGGAGGUCGCCGCCGCCUCUGCCUUGCAAUCCGCAGCCAUCCUGACCCCCGAGCCCCCGAGCUCCCCCGCCAGCCGGCUCCCCAGGCACAUUUGGCUCCCUACAACCACAACAGGCAAAUCAGGAGCGGCGCAGAGAAAUUUCUUUACUAGAUGACAUUUCAUCGCAAUGUCCGAUCGUUUGGGGCAACUUACCAAGGGAAAGGAUGGGAAAAGCAAGUACUCCACUUUCAGCCUGUUUGAUAAGUAUAAAGGAAAGUCAGUAGAAGCUAUCAGGACCACAGUUAUUCCUAGACAUGGCUUACAGAGUCUUGGGAAAGUUGCUGCUGCCCGGCGCAUGCCACCUCCUGCCAAUUUGCCAAGUUUGAAGUCUGAGAACAAAGGAAACGACCCUAAUAUCAUCAUCGUACCCAAGGACGGCACAGGAUGGGCAAACAAGCAGGACCCGCCAGACCAAAAGAGUUCCAGUGCCACGGCCGCACAGCCGCAGGAGUUGCUGCCGCAGCAGGAUUUGCAGAAAUCUGUCUCCAGUUUACAGAAGCUGACGCAGUCAAUCAGUCAGGAGAGUACAAAUUCAGUGCCAGGUGGACCAAAGUCAUGGGCACAGCUGAAUGGAAAGCCAGCCGGACCAGAAGGUGGUUCAAGGGCCUCAAGCCGACAGUUAUCCUUCUCUCCCGAGGAGUUUCCAACACUGAAAGCAGCUGGCAAGCAGGACAAGGCUGGCAAAGAAAAGGGCGUCUUAGAUCCGUCGUAUGGGCCCGGACCAAGCCUCCGCCCCCAGAAUGUCACGAGUUGGAGGGAGGGCGGCGGCAGAAAUAUAACCCCUGCUGCAUCUUUGACCGCCUCCCUGGCUGAGCUGGGCUGCAAGACCUCCAGCGCAGGAGACGGAGCCCCCUCCUCAGCAAACUCCAGUGACCUUAAGGAGCCCUCUCUCCGCUCAACACAGCCAAUCCGCAAGGGGGCUUCGCAGUUCACGCCCAAUGCCUACCAACCCCCAACUUACCAUGACAUGCUACCAGCUUUUAUGUGCUCAAACCAGCCAUCCGAGACUCCUGGGCCGGUGGACCGCGGUUCCUUCCCCCUCCCACAGUUUCGCCUGGAGCCCCGUGUCCCUUUCAGACAAUAUCAGACCAACGACCAAGAUGGAAAAGAAAACCGGCUUGCGGUCUUGCGCUCUGCCCGGCCGCAAGGGGAGCGGGUUCCCCGGCCCACUAUCAUCAACGCAGAGAACCUGAAGGGGCUAGAUGAACUUGAUAAUGACGCAGACGACGGAUGGGCAGGGAUCCAUGACGAAGUGGAUUACUCUGAGAAACUGAAGUUCAGCGAAGAUGAAGAGGAGGAGGAGACUCAUAAGGACGGAAGGCCAAAAUGGAACACCUGGGAUCCCAGAAGGCAGCGGCAGCUCUCCAUGAGCUCGGCAGACAGCACAGAGGCCAGGCACCCCCCAGAAGAAGCAAAGAACUGGGGCGACUUGGCUGGCCUGCCUCGGCCAAUCCGUAAAGGACCAGAUAACUUGCCUCCCUCAGGGAAAGUGAAUGGCUGGGCUCCCCUUUCAGACUAUCAGAAACCUUUACUGGGAGGCCUCCGGCAGCAGUCUUCUGAGGACAAGGAGGAGAAGCUCCCCCUAAGGCAGAAGUUUGUCCACUCUGAGAUGUCUGAGGCCGUCGAGCGGGCCCGGAGGCGGCGUGAGGAGGAGGAGCGGCGAGCGCGGGAGGAGCGCCUGGCUGCUUGCGCUGCCAAGUUGAAGGAGCUGGAUCAGAAGUGCAAGCUGGCACAGAAAGCUGGAGAUGGCCACAAGCACGUGGAGAACGAAGAGCCCAGGCCCGCCAUCUUGGAGGUGGCCAGCCCGCCGGAGAACAGCCAUGCUGCCCGGAGAGCAAACCCUGAGUUCCAUACCCAGGAAACUUCUUCCCCUCCUGCUUACCUGGAGGAGGAAACUCUGGCCACGUCGGCAGCACACCGGAGCAGCAGUGAGGAGGAGCUGCGAGAAGCCAUGUCCCCCGCACAGGAAUUCAGCAAGUACCCAAAACUGCUUCCCCCACGGUUCCAACGGCAGCAGCAACAGCAUGACCAGCUGUACAAAAUGCAGAGCUGGCCGCAGUCCCAGGUCUAUCCUCCCUCCUCCCACCCUCAGCGGACCUUCUAUCCACCACAUCCACAGAUGCUGGGCUUCGACCCCCGUUGGAUGAUGAUGCCUUCCUACAUGGACCCUCGCAUGGUCCAGGGGCACCCCCCGGUGGAUUUCUACCCCUCAGCCCUUCAUCCCUCAGGGGCCAUGAAGCCGGCGGUCCAGCAGGAUUCCCUGACCAAUAGCAGCUGCCUGUCGAAGGAGCAGAACAGCCAGACCUCCAUGCAGCAGGAGAGGAAAGCUGUGUCCGGGGAGUCCGCUCCAGCAGUGUGGGGUCAGGAGAGCUACACUCCCUCUCAGAGCAAAGGCUGCCCCAUUUCCCGCCCGAAACAGACCGAGGGCAUGGCCAGCGAAGGACUGCACUCCAGGAACAACAGCUCCUACUCGUCGCAGAGCACCAGCAUCAAUCCUGCACGUGACCUGUUUGAGGAGUCCAGAGAAGAUUACUUAAACAUCUUUGACAAGAAGCCCCAGGCUAAUUUUGACAGCUGCAUCAGCUCCUCCCAAAGGCUGAGCCAAGACCGUCUCUUCCCACAUCAAGAGUGUGCCCCUUCCAUUAGCACUGCCGACCCUCACCAUGCCAACCUGAGGAGCUCUUCCUUGGAAGCUGGCUUGGCCCACGGCGAUAAGAAGCCAGAGUACAAUGGCUGGGAUACUGGCCACUAUCAGAAGUCCUCGGACGGGGUGGUUUCUGCAAAUGAAGAGGCCUGCCGAGAUGAGCAGUCCUUUGAGGCAUGGAAGAAAGACGGGCCUGCCAGCAAGCAGGCAACUGCCAAGCCAGGGUGGGCUUCUGAGAGCCGAAAUGCCAGCAGCCAACAGCAGCAGCAGCAACAGCAACAGCAACACCAGGAGCAGACGGGGAGGGCUCGAAGAUCUGGCCCGAUCAAGAAGCCGGUCCUGAAGGCUCUCAAAGUUGAAGAGAAGGAGAAAGAGCUGGAAAAGGUGAAAGCAGAUGGGGAAGAGGCCGCCCCUCCCCCACCAAAGGAGAAGGCCCCGGUUCACAAGGUGCAGGAGGAGGAGGAAGAGGAGGAUGAUCAUGAUUCUGCUGCCUUGCUCCAUUCUGCCCGCUUCCACUUGCUGGACGAGAAGUACCCCUCUCGGACAGUGGUCCAAGAAGCUGAGAAACCAUGUGAGGAGGAGAAGGAGGAGGAGGGGGAAGAGCAGGAAGAGGAGGAGGAGGAGGAAGAGGAAGAGGAGAAAAACGGGAAAGUCUGGGAGGCCAAGCCUCAGUUAAGGGAGUCCAGCGACUUGCCCCCCACCAAAAGAAACAACUGGAUAUUUAUUGAUGAGGAACAAGCCUUUGGCGGAAGGGGCCAGGGACGUGGUCGUGGCUUCCGGGAGUUCACCUUCCGAGGCCGUGGCAGUGCUGUGGGCUGUGGCAGUGGCAACAUCAGUAGCCGGGGUGCCUACAGCAGCAACAGUACUGGCGUCUGCAGUGCUCAGAGAAGUAGCAGAGGGCGGCCCCUGAGGGAAUUCAACCAGCCGGAAGAGUUCCCACGAGGGAAGCUCAGGCGCAGGAUUGCCAGUGAGACCCACAGCGAAGGUUCAGAGUAUGAGGAGCUGCCCAAGCGCCGCCGCCAGCGGGGCUCUGAAAACAGCAUCGAGGGCUCCCUUGCAGAAAGGGAGGAGAGCGACCUCAAGAAGGGAGACUUCCGUGACUCCUGGCGGUCCAACAAGAUCUAUUCAGAUGACCAAGGCACCCUGGAUGCCAGAGCGAGGGCCCCACGAGCUUUCGGGCGCUCGCUACCCCCAAGACUUAGCAAUUCCGGGUAUGGGCGAAGAGGCUUUGCUUCCAAGGAGCCUUCCCAGUGGCAGGGCCGGAACGGGGGGAACACGUGGCAGGAGUACGGCCACGGCACACCUCUGGACACCUUUGGGGCCAGGCGCUUGUCUGAGAGGGACUAUGGCCAAGACUCAUAUAAGCACCCAGACUCCUUCACCCGGCGGGCCAUUGAGGAGGAUCCAUUAGACAAGAGGCACUACUUCCAGGAGGAUUACGGGGGUGAUCCCGAGAAUGCUGAGAACCGUCCUUUCCGCCGCCGCCGCCCACCUCGUCAGGACAAGCCUCCCCGGUUCAGGCGCUUGAGGCAGGAGCGUGAGUCCAUGGGGCAGUGGAACCCGGAGGACAGCGGAACCAACCUCCUAGCUUGCCAGUGGCCAGGGAGAGCCAAGCUGACCAUGAUGGAUCGGGGUGGUGCCACUACCAGGAGGUCUCCCGAGCUGCCCUACCAGAACUCCUCUGACCAUGCCAAUGAGGAGUGGGAGACAGCCUCUGAGAGCAGCGACUUCAGCGAGAGGCGGGAGAGGCGUGGUGGCAGUGCCAUCUCGGAGGGCGAGGCCCAGCUGGACGGCAAUCUCUCCAGCAGCGGCAUGGGGGAGAAGAGGGAGCUGGCCAAGAGAAGCUUCUCCAGCCAGAGACCUUUAGUGGAUCGGCAGAGCCGGAAAGCCGAUUCGACUGGGUUUGGGGAGAAAGCUGUGAGAGCUGGUGGGAAUGGAGCAGCCUCCUGCUACGAAAGCCAGCAGAUGAAUGGGGCACAGAUAAAAACAAAAAGAUCUCCCGAAGACAGUGGGGGGCAUGACCCCAGCAGUCCUGAGAUCAGCCAUUCCGUUUACGGCUCCCAUGCUAACCUGAACAGCACCGAAGGGCUGGGAAAGAAUCCAGAGAGGGAGCCCAAGUCUGGAACUCAGCAGAUGGGAGAGAAGGGAGAGGCCAUUUCUCAGUUUGAGCUGAGCUACGGAAAUGGUAUCAUGGACGGACGGCUUUCGGGCCCCGCUGAAGAGACGGAAGUCGGACCGAUUGGGAGUGAAGGCUUCAUCGAGGUCCUGACAAAGAAGCAGCGGAGGUUGCUGGAGGAGGAGCGACGGAAAAAAGAGCAAGCAGCCCAGGCUCCAGCCAAGGGCCGCGUCCUACAGUCUCGUAUCCCACCUCGCUUUGCCAAGAAACAGAGCAGCAUGUGCCUUGAGCAAGGAGAUGUUUCGGUUUCUGGAAACAGCCUGGGCACGGAGAUCUGGGAGACUAACAGUCCAGCACUCUCUGUUCAGUCACCUGGCACGGAUUCCUGGAGCAAACCUGUCAAUGCCUUUACCAGUAACGAAUCCAGCUCCACCGAGCAGGGAUUUAAAGGCAGCCAGGGGGAUAGUGGCAUUGACUUGAGCGCCGAGUCGCGGGAAUCCUCCGCCACUUCUUCCCAGCGCAGCUCUCCAUAUGGCACUCUCAAGCCUGAAGAGAUGAGUGGAGGUGGCCUGGUGGACCCCAAAACUGACUGCCAGAAAGAGCAAGCACCAAAACAGUCAGAUAAAAAGGAUUCAGAGCAAAGCCUGGGUCAGAACAAGGACCACAAGCCUGGCCCGAUUGGCAAUGAGCGCUCCCUGAAAAACCGGAAAGGCUCUGAAGGAGCAGAACGCCUUGAAGGCAGUGUCCCCCCAGUCAAUGGGGUGGAGAUCCACGUGGAUUCGGUCCUUCCUGUGCCUCCCAUUGAAUUUGGAGUAAACCCUAAAGAUUCGGACUUCAGCCUGCCUCCUGGACCGGCCUCCAGUACCGCAGCUAACUCGGUCACAAAGCUUCAAGAUGCCCUGGCCAGCAACGCUGGGCUCACACAAACCCUCCCUGUGCUCCGAAGAGACCACCACCUUCCGCGGUGCAUUGGCCUGAAUCCCAUGUCUUACCCCACGACUGACCUCACUCUUAAAAUGGAGUCAGCCCGCAAAGCUUGGGAAAACUCCCCCAGUCUCCCGGAACAGAGCUCUCCUGGGGGUGCUGGCUCCGGCAUCCAACCUCCUGUCAGUGUUGGGGCUUCCAACGGCGUGAGCUACAGCUCCUUUGGUGGCGUUACUGUACCGCCAAUGCCUGUGGCAUCCGUGGCACCAUCUGCUUCGAUCCCAGGACCGUUAUGGCAAAGGAGUGCAGAAGUAGGAUUCUGGAGUUCAGUAUGGGGUGGGACCCCUGUAUCUUUGAUGGCCGGGUGGAAGGGAGAUGGUAACCACAUCCCACCCCUGUAUCUCGAUGGACACGUCUUUGCCAGCCAGCCACGUCUCGUCCCCCAGACAAUACCCCAACAGCAGAGCUAUCAGCAGGCUGCAGCUGCUCAGCAGAUCCCCCUCUCUCUUCACACGUCCUUGCAAGCCCAGGCUCAACUCAGUCUGAGAGGCGGCCUUCCUGUUUCACAGUCCCAGGAGAUCUAUAGCUCAAUCCAGCCCUUCAGGUCUCAGGUCUACAUGCAUCCCAGCCUCUCCCAACCCAACACCGUGGUCCUGACUGGGGGCACUGCCCUGAAGCCUCCAUAUUCCGCCUUCCCAGGCAUGCAGCCUUUGGAAAUGGUGAAAACUCAAUCCGGAUCCCCUUAUCAGCCAGUUAACGGGAGCCAGACCCUGGUGUAUGAAGGCCAGAUCAACCAGGCUCCCGGUAUGGGAGCCUCACAGAUGAUGGAAUCGCAGCUUACACAGCUAACAAUGUCAAUGCCGGGCUCCCAGCUCCCGAUGGCCCGUUACGGUUCUGGCCAACAGCCCCUGAUAUUGCCACAGUCCAUCCAGCUCCCCCAAGGCCAGAACCUGUCUGUUGGAGCUCCUCGCAGAAUUCUCUCGCCUGGCUCUCAGCCGCCUGUCCUUGCUUCGAGCAGGGAGGUAAGGACCCACAGGUCCUCGCAUGUAGAAAUGAAAGGAUUCCACUUUGCAGAUGCAAAACAGAAUGCUCCCACAGCAGGGUCUAUUCCAUCGCCUCACACAUACAGGCCUAAUUCUGCCAGCCCCAGUGGGAAGCCCUCUGGACAGGCCGUCAAUAUGAACUCUCUGCAGGGGCAUUACCUCCAGCAGCAGGCAAAACAGCGACUGGACGAAAGCAAAGGCAGCCUUGGAGUGGUGAAACUUCCAGAGCCCCCUUCUGCCAAUCUGAUUAAACCGGUGCGCACGGGAGCCAUCAAGCCUCAGACGGUCAAAGUGGAGGAGAGCAAGGCCUAAGCAACUAUGCCACCAACCCACCCUCUUCCCCAGCCCCGGGAUGCCAGUCAGCUUUGUUAUACUCCACACACACCAUAGAAAGAGAGAGUGAGAAGGCUCUGCAAAUCACUCCACCUUUUCCACCCUGGCCACCAGCUGUGCUGAGACUCCUUGCCACCCUCCCCGGCUUUACUGCAACUUAUCUGUCAAACUGCCUGAAGCGUUGGUCUCGUCAGAGUCCUCCUCCCAACAAAGCAGUUCUUUGAGCCGUGGAUUUUGAUGUGGACCUGCUUGCUUUCAAAUGACAUGACAACAACAAAAGGCAACCAUUCCUGCUGUACCGCUGCUGCUGCUGCCCCCCCCCCCCGAAAAUGACUUGAGUGGCUCUGGUGGCUUUUGUUCUUUCCUUUUCCUUGCUCCCACUUGCAAAUAGCAGUGACCCCGCUUUUGGGGUGGGGGUGGGGGUGGAGCCCACCCUUCUCCUCUUGUGUCAGCUGAGCGGUAAUGAGAUCAGGAGUGUGCUGGAUAUUAUUUUAUUUUUAAUAACAAACAAAAAACAGGCCUCCCAAGGUUUUUGAAGCAAAACAGGAUGAUGUGUCUUUUAUAGCAGGACAUUUCUAAGUUCGCUUACAUUUCCUUCUCUUCUUGUCUUCUACUCUUUGCCUUCUGAAAAAUGGCACACACACACCCCAAAUCAAAAUCAUGUUCCUGGGUGGUCCCCACUUUGGGCAGAGGGGAUGUAUGGAAAACAGUUCCUGUGUGAUAUGUUGAGCUUUCUACGCUCCUUUUAAAUUGAGGCUGUGUCAAUGUUUACCCUUAUUUGUUUAUUUCAUAAAAUUUAUAUACCUCUUGAUUGUAGAAAAUCCUUAAAGUUGUUUAUAAACGGUAAGAAAAACCCCAACAACAAUAAAAUUGAGGCAAAAUUACAAUAAAUAAAAUGCUCAAACAUAAUAAAAUUACCUCAACUUUCUGAGCAUCAGGGUAGGCUUGUCUAAAUGCGAAUGUUUUUAGCAGGUGCCAAAAAGAGUAGAGUGAAGGCGCCUGCUUCAUCUCAAUAGGCAGGGAUUAGCCCUCGGCUCUUAAAAUCCUUUCAAGUAAAAUAUAGGAUAGAUCAUGUGUGGGGAAUCCUUUUGGCCCUCCAGAUGUUGUUGAACGACGGUUCCCAUAAUCAUCGCUAGCCAUUGGCCAUGCUUUCCGGGGUUGAUGGUAGUUGUCGUUCAGGAACAUUUCUAAGAUCAAAGGUUCCCCACACCUGGGAUAGGUAAAGGCAUUUGACGGCUUAGGACAUGCUUCCUUCCCUCCCUCCACCCUUGAGUUUCCUUUGUUACACUAGAAGCAGAGCUUGCUUUAAAAGUAAAAACCAUUACGAAAGGCAUUUAUAGUAGGUCUAGUAGCUGCUCCAGUUGGUGCCUCUUCUCCUGCCUGCCCCCUGCAGUGUAAAAAGAACAAGAAAACCAGUGUUUAUUCCAUGAGAUCUACCCUGAUUGGUCGUCAUCUGUGUGGAGUUGGGGUGUUUUUGUUUCUAUUUAAAAACAAAAAUUCUGGAAGCAAUUAGAUUUGCAGCAAGGGGGUCUCCUCAAGAUUCUACACAAGGAAGUUGUUGCCUUGCUGGGAUCUGAGUUAGUUGAGAGCCAUUGGGUUGAUUCCAGUUGUCAGCAGUUUUCAGUUAGACCUCGUGAAAUUGAUGGACUUGACCAGGCACCCCCCAGCUUCGGCCCUCCAGAUGUUUUGGACUACAAUUCCUGUCAUCCCUGACCACUGGUCCUGUUAGCAUGGGAGUUGUAGGCCAAAACAUCUGGAGACUCGCAGUUUGGGGAUGCCUGGACUUGACUAACUUAGGCACGCUAAUUUCAGUAGAUUUGUUUCUGAUUAGAACUUUGUUCAAUACCACCCAGUGGACUUCUUUUGGUAGCUGAGAUGCAUGUCCACUACUGAAGCAAAAUGGUAGAAGCCUCCUUCUGCACAGCACACUACAGCAGAUCAAAGGCUUGAUUCCUUACGAAUGAAAGGAAUCGCUGUGUGCGGGAGAGUUUUAUUUCCUUCCCCUUUCCUUCUCCCCUCUCAUAUCCACACAAACACACACCCUUUUGCAAAUAAUUACUUUUAGAGCACUCAGUGACUCUAGUCUCUACCAGACAUAACCUCUUCAUAACUUGCAGAGCAGCCAUGGAUUAUACUGGAUCCCAUUUUCAUGUCUGGUUUUGUGUUUUUAAAAGAUGGUAGAGGUCUCAAGUGGACUAAUUGCUUCCACUUGUUUCCUGUUUAGAUUUGUCUUGUUAAAAACACAAGAGUGGAGAAGGAAAAUUAUCUUUCUUUUGUAGACACUAACUUGAAAAUUUGUCCUAACGGCCUUUUUCUGCUGCUGGUGGUUCUGCUGGUGCUUCCAAAGACAAAUGUUUUGAACAAAGAAUGUAUUUAAGAAGGAUUUGUGAGAGGUGGUGGGGAGAGGAUUUGCAAAGUUUGGAACACCCUCCUGGAUUUCUUUUUUCAAAAGAGUUUUUAAUUUCUUAAGCUUGGUAAAAACCGUGGCAUUUAUAGGGCAGCUUUCAUUCUGACUUCUAAGCUUCUUUUAACUCAGCCAUAGCAAUGUUUCCUCUUCACCGUUUUGUGUGUGUCUGUGUGUUUGUUUUUCUUCAUAGAAAACCGUGGAAGGGGCUUGAGAUAGAUGGUGCUUUUAAAUAAAUUUAUAAAAUUGCCAUUCCUGGGGAGCAGGAGGGUUAUUUCUUGGGCUUCUAGCUUUGAUGGCAGAGCUGCACCCAAUGCUUCUAGUAUCUUAGAGUGAUUUGAAGUUUAGUAAUAUUGGAGUUGCAGGAGUUCUUUCCUCACCCCCUGAAUCUCACCCUGUCCCCAUCCCACCUUUUCAAAGACGGUGACAUUAAUAUUUCCAGAAUAAUCUUGCUCUUUUUCUUCUUCUGCAUGAUGCCUCUGCUACUUUGAAAUAUCAUGAGCAAUUAUAAAAAUGCUUCCUUGGAUUUUUUUAGGGGGCGGGCGGGCUGUGACCGAUUUUAAAUUUCAACAAACUCAAAUCCUGCUCUCACCAGCAUAUUGCUUUACACCUUUAGCGCUCUUGUGAUGCCCUUUUAAUUUUAUUUUAAAGAAGACACAAACCUUGUUUUUUCUUUUGUAUAUGACUUUCAGGUGGUCCUUCUGCAAAUCGCACAGCCGGGGGGGGGGGGGAAGGUGGCAUUGGUGGAGCUUGAGUUUAUUGCUAGAUGCAAAAUAUUACAGAAACUCCUGGUGUAAAUUUAAUCAGAAAUACAGUACUUACUAUUGAGAGGGGCGGUGGGGGAAGUCACCCUCUUUUAACAAGACAAAACACUAGAAUUUAUUUAUACGUAUUUGAUGUUGUAGUCUAGGUGAAAAAAGAAAGAAGUAAAUGUUUCACUGCUCUAUUUAUAUAUUAUGUCUGAAUUUACUCUGUGAAGGAGAGGCCAAGAAGCAACCUCUUACUUUUCAUUGCCUCUUUUGGGGGACAGGCAGGUUUAAUUUGCAUUAUUACUCUUACCUGCAGCUCACAGGACUUGUUUUUCACAUGGAAAGCUGUCCCCUUACACCUUUGUUUUCCAAAAAUGCAAAUGAUGUCCCUUCUUUGCCACGUCUUCUUGUUUUUCUUCCACUUUAGAAAAAGAUAAAACUAUGUGUUUUUUUACAGUACCAGUUGGGGAUCAAUAAUAAGAAGUUGAAAUUUGUCUCUUUGAUUCUUUCAGUUCUACGUUCUUCAGCUGAGGGUGGGAUAAUAACAAUUUGGAAAGAGGUAGCAGAUUCAUAAAACCUCUCUGGCCUUCUGCUUCCCUCCUUGUAUUUUUGUGCAGCUACUUUGUCAGUUCUGGUGAUAGUGCUGGCAGAUGACCCAUGGAAAUAAACCAGUUGUAGAUGAGAGAUCCUCUGUGAGCGGGCUCCUCUUCCACAAACUGGGUAAUUUUUGCGGCCAUUCAAUGGAAGAGGAGACUGGACCUUGCCUCAGUCUCCCCUAUCACCGGAACCGAUUGUGCAUGCAUCCUCUACUUCUGGAAGAUGUUUCACUCAGAGACAGGAUUGUCUUGCUCCUGAGGCUGAUGCAGAAGGGGCAGCCAUGCUCUAAGCCCAAUGGCAGCUGAUGCAGCACUGUGUUUUCCAACCAGCUGGCAUAGCUGCAGGCUUUAUUAAGGCUAUGGUCACAUGUAAAUAGUGUUCGAUUCUACGCCUCCACUGCUUUGUGCAGUGGUUCCCUUCUCCUGAAAAACCCUCUUGUGAGUUCUUAGCUACUUUUCACGCCACGGUUUGUGGCCAGUUGUGGAGCAGAUAAAAGGCUGCAGUAUAUCCCUCUAAAAUUAAAGGUGAAGUUGCACAGGUGCAAGUGAAGCAGUCCUUAAAUUGAAUAAUCCGUGACUAGCUCCUGCGCAGCAUGAGAACAGCAGCCAUGCAAUUCUUUGCCUGCUGAAUUUCAUUCAUGUUUGUGGCCCUGCCUACUCAUUGUGUUAAAGCAGACCUCCCUCUGCCCUUCUUGAAAGACUGCACCAAACUGGUGUAAUUCCCACCCCCACCCCCUUUGCUAUACUUUUAAAAGAAUAGAUUUGCAGUUCAGCUGUUGCCUCCUUUUUCUUUGUUUUAAAUUGGCAGCUGCACCCCCCACUUCAGGCAAGGACCCCUUACAUCUCGUUUGAGUUGCAUGCAGGGUGGUGGUGGUGGUGGUGGUGAUGAUGGUUAGCCUCUGAUUUUAUGCAAAGAUGCAACUCCCUUUCCAUUGGGAGUGUGGAUGGAUAAACAAGAUCAUGAGAUGAAGCAGAAUCGUCUUAAUGUGUUCAUCAAAUGAGAUGAACAAAUCAUUUUCAAGCAGUGGAACUGCUAGGUGUGGGAAGAAUGAAACUGGUCUGGGUCCUAUUUUAGGAUAUAGUAUGCUUGUAACUUAAGACCUACUUGUGUCCAGUGGUUUUUUCUACAAGAUGUAACCAUCUGAAUAGUUAUGUGGGAAUUGCAAUAGCAGUGUGGUACUCGCUUUGGCAUGUUGAGACAUUUCUUAAGCAGCAAGUUCCCCACCCACCCCAUGCCCCUCGUCCUGUAUAAAUUGCAUUUGUCGUUUCUGAAAGAGGGUAUUGUACUCCUUUUAACCUCACAAACUGUACAGUAAAACUCUUUUUUUCUUU